UGGAGCUCUAACUUACUAAGCGUGAGUAAGAACAUUUAGCAGGAAGAGGAGGAAGUAUUUGACCUUUUGUGAAUAAGUGGCGUUAGAUAACAUUCGUAUGAAGAUAUACAACUAGAUUCUGGUAUUCAUGGUUUUUUGCGCUCUUGAUUUUCAAACAUGAGGAUACUAAUCGACCGAGUUCUUUGCUUCUAAUCGACCGAGUUCUUUGCUUGGUUUUGAAACGGUAACGACUGUCUUGACGCAGAUACCCUUGAAAGCACUUGAUCUUGGUGUCUCUGUUUUUACCGAAAGGAAGUGAAAUCUGCUGGCCUACUGGUGCCAGACUUUCCUACUGUCGACUUCUGACUGUCUACGAGGACAACUCCCACGAGGCUUAGAUCCGAGUACCGCGAUUACCCUUUCUUCGAAUAGAAUUAAGACUAACACCGACGACAACAACACCAAGCUCGACGACAAGUAGAGUGCACCAACGACGACAACUAGUACAACGACGACUGACGAGUACUAACUGCUACCGUGCUCGACUUGUAGUCUGCGCACAGGUGACACCGCUAGCAAUAUCCGACAAGAUGACGCCACUUCUUACACACACCACGCUGCCUUGGGUGGAUGCGUAUGACGCAUUGGACGUAUCACUUGAGGCGACAGAGGAGGACAUCAAGAAAGCAUACAGGAAGUACUAACUUCUACUUCUAUACUUUGUGAAGACGAACAAAGUAAUUGCAUAAUUUGGCUAAAUUUGAACAACUUGGUUCUUGUUGGUAGACUCACUCUCUAUUUUUCCAUACAACAUAUGAAGACACGAGGGCUCUCGAACUAGACGUCUCUAAAACAAAGUGUCUUCACGACCGACGGACCACUAUCGCACUCACUCUUAUCUUCCUACUCCCCUCCACGACAGGCAAAGUCUAAAGCAUCAUCCGGAUAAGGUUGGAGGUGACCAAGCUUUGUUUCAGCAGUUAAAGGAGUCCUACGACAUAUUAGGAUCAGCGGAGAGGCGUAGGCUCUACGACCAACUCGGGGUCGACCUGGGGCCAGACAAAAUCGAAGAUAGAAUGUGGGGAUUAGCAUCGACAGUAGUGCUGCAGCCAUUUAUAUUAUGACUGAAAGAUGAUGAUGAACUUUAAUUUGAAUUUGACUUUGAACUAUAAUUAACACUAAAAACAUGAGCAUCAUUAGGUUCGUAGUCUAUCAAAUUGUAUCCGCACCAGGAACAUAUAAUGAGGCUAACAGAUUUAUCUCGCAUCUAGUACUAGACUAUUCGUUUACUCUAGUCACUUGAUUCUGCAUACCUUCAUCCUGGUGCUCAUCUAAUCUCCACGUUAUUAAUAAAAGCCACUGGUGUCGGCCUUUUUAGUUACGCUGCUACGUGGAGCCUGUUGUAUUGGCUCUUCUUCGUGGUGACGCUUGGGGGGAUAGGCUUCUGCAUAUACAGACUUGGAGGAACCAAGCAGCUUCUGAAGAUGCCAGAUGUUAUGGCUUGAUGAAAAGGAAAACUAAUCUGUCACGGCAAAGUACUUGGAUAAUGCAUGAACUAAUCAAAUCCAGGUACAGAGGCAACGCAUGUAGGAUAGAGUUCGUUGGGUCUUCUACCUAUUCUCCACUAUUUUGUGAAAAAGAGAUUACUUUUAGCAACUAUUACUAUCUUGAUUUUUAGCAACCUGUUCCAGCAACCUGUUCUUCCCUACUUUGAUCUUUAGCAAUCAUAUUUUUUUGGUCUUCUCCUCCUCUAAAAAAACGAGUACACCGAAUGUGGAGGAGCACAUCGCAUACAAAGCCACGGCUCUCUACGGAAUGCUACUUCUCGCGUACUUACUCUAGUCUCGAAAUAACCUCUGACAAGCAAAGAUCGUCAACUUCGCUUUGUUCGUACUUCCUUGGUGUAGAGCGACCUUCUUCUUCGCACAUCAUACCUGUCAUGAAAGCAUAAUAAUCCCCGAAUUACAAAGAAAUCAUAUCAGGUAUCUUUUCGUGAUGCUUCUUUCGGAACUGCUCACCGAUUUAUUUUACGUAUUUGCAGUAGGAAUGGAUGUGUUUGGGCCGUUGCUGCAAGGCUGGCCGCCCAAAUAUUUGGGCAUACUUGGCGGAGUCACAGCAGUUCUUACGUGGCUGGUGCAGGGUUAUUGGUAUUUAUGCUAGACGAUUUCUCUUGAUGAAGAUAGACUGUUGACAUUUUUUUAUGGUAGAUGGUUGGCAUUUAUGACUCUAGAAGGCUGCUGGCCCUCUUUUGCAACUGGAAUCCAGCAGGAACGCAGUGCUGUUUUCUCAUGUGCGUGGCGCGAUGGAUUUUAUCGAGCAAAGCCAUGAACCUUCUGCCUGCGGCUGCUUUUGAAGCUGUCGGGGCAGGUGCCAGAGUGGUACCAGAACGGACGGCGCGCUCGCUGAUGAAUGGCCUAGGCGCUAGCGGUCCACUACUGAAGGAUAUAGAGAACCGGGGCCGCAAUAGAUGGCCGGGCGGUCUUUUGUGUAGUUCGAAUGUGGGACCGUCGGGCCUGUUCCCUUCGGGUUGCCGCGUGCUAGGUCGCCAGGUCUUGCGCGUUGCUGCUGCUACAGCGUCGUCCGUGGAGCUGGUGGGCGGGCUGGGUGCCAUCGGCUUUUCUGCUGAAGCUGGAGCGCAAGCAGGUCGCCGAGGUGCUUGCCGUUUCUGAAAGAACGAGAAAGCGGGCCGGGGAGUCUGAUGCGGGUCGACUCCGUGCCGAGCUCGGCGAGCUGUGGCAAGAGGCGCCUAUUGGGUUCGAUCGAGCUCUUGGGGAAGGGGUUAGCGUGCUCUUCCCGCUUUUUUUUUCUCUGGGAUUGGUGCGCCCCUAGCUUGACGGGCCUGGGGGCUGUAACGUCUACGGGGCUAAGGCGGUCUGUCUGAGUGCGGGUCUCUUUGCUUUCAAGAAUUGGCACGCGCAUGCGCUGGGUUGGGCUGUGAAGUUUGUCGGGUCGGCAGGCCGGCGCUGCGUUGUGGUGGUGUCGCAUUUCGGCGCCACACGGGUGCCCGCGGCUUAGCACCUGCGCGGCAUAUCAAUCUGCGCAGCGAUUGGGCUGGGAGUGGGAAAGCGCACGCACUGGACAGGGUGGCGACGGUCUUGCGUGGCAGGUGGCUGCGGCGUCGCUCGUAAUUGGGCGCGUGCAGGAAGAAGGCUGCCGAGGGCAACUGUGGCGCACCGUUUUGACGCCUGUAGCUUUGGCAUCGCCGGAGGGGCCGGGGGCUAGAGGGCUAAGGCGGUCGGACAGCGCGGGAGGGGCUUGAGCUUCGUCCGCCACGGUUCUGGAUUCGCUCGGUAGAGGGCUCGGACCGGCAGGAAGUUGAGCCACCAAGCAGAAUGCUGCGCUCUUGGAGGUCGUGGAACACACUCGCGCGCUUUUGACGAAACAAACGCCGGGCUCCGGUAAUAAAGCCGCUAAGACGCCAGAGAAGAUUCGCUGAAUUGGAACGCAUGCGCCGGCUGUGCUUCGGGUUUUUCUGGGGGCUGGCUUAUUUGAAAGGCUGGCACAGUAUCGGCUUGGGGCACUUUUGAUACCCUGAGGGGUGAACUACAAAGCCGAAAGAAAGUGCCAGGCACGGCAGGCAAAGGAAAGGACGGGAAACCGGUGGGCAAAGGAAAAGGGCCACGACCGCCACAGCCGCCAGCGCCAGCCGCACACCCACCAGCCGCGCAGCAGCAACAGCAAGAGGAGGAGGAAGAAGAAGCAGCAGAAGAAGAAAGCACUCCUGCGGAAGAUCAGGACGGUCUGGAUUUUGGGGAUAUCUAGACUGACGACGUCAAUAAAAGAAGUCGCGCCGCGAAGCAUUACUUUACUCGUCCAAAGAAAAGCAACCAACGAAGACCGCUUUCGCCUGGUUCUCCCUAAGUCUCUUUCGCGCCAGAGUAAGAGCCUCGGGGGGCUUGGUUUGCUGCGGAAGAAAGUCGAUUUUGAACCGGCUGAGAAGUCGGGCUGCCAGUGCGAACCGAAGACCCAGAAAGAGAGAGGUCGUGUAUUAUGAACCUGCGGCAUUCGAAUAAUAUUUAUGAAGCAAGUGCGAAAGAAGAUAACGAAAAGCAGAAGACCCCGCUGGGAAUUUGUGGCGUGUUGUUCCACGUUUCUUUGUCUAUGUACUCUCCAAGUUUCUGAAGUACCAAGAUGAAGGCGAACGCCUCAAGCUCAAGGGUACCACCCUGCAAACAAAACACGAGAACCAGUAUGAUGAUGAGGGUGAACGCUGCACCAGCGUGGACGUGUGCGGGCUGUGGAGUUGGGGAACGAUUUGGGCCCGAUUCUCGCGCCGGCUCGGGCGCGUCGUGGGCAAAUUUUACCGGCUGGGCGUGGGCUCUGGGGUGCUCGGAGUAUCUUGGCGCGUAUCGUGGGGUGGAGCUUUUGGGCGUAAAACGAGGGGACCCGCUCGCGCAAACCCGGCGAUACGGUGUUCGGCCUUCUUGGCGCCGCAUCCUCUCAGCCCUUGCGCAGUGUCGUCAUUGAUUUCGACCGCUUCGCCAACCUCUUGGACGAUGCUAGCGACUUGCCAGACAUCAGCCGCCUCGAGCUCACUGCCAGCCUUGCGGCUUGUUUCUGAGGUGAUUAUCUACUGUGGAGCGGUGGCGCUUUCGCGGAGAGGCGCCCGCUAGCCUGGCGACUGUCAUGCUUUUGGGGGUAGUCUAGUUUGGCGCGCUUAGCUAACAGCGCGCCGAGUGUGCGUAUGUCGUUCAUGGUCGACAGUCUGAGACUUUGCGCGAAAGCAUCCAGGGAAGCCGUGAAGGGAAAGGGCAAAGCAACGCGGAAAAGCGAAGCCCUUGCCGAUGGGCAUAUGCUCUGCGGUGCGCUAUUCGUGGCAUUUCGCCCACCCAGGAGGCGCUCGAUUUCUGCGCCGCGUGUGAACAGACACAGAGGCCCCAAGCCCAUAGAUAUGGAAAGGGUGCGGCGCUUCUUGUCGUGGUUGUUUUGUAUUCUCCUUUGUCUGCUAUUCGUGGGGACCCGCGGGUUGCCGGCUCUGGGAUUCUCCGCGCGUCAAGGACAUCAGAGGGGUUUUAUCAAUCUUGCGACAAAAAGGGUUUCUAGCUCUAGGGGUUCUAUCCAUAUGGCCCCAAACGCCAGGGGGCAGGACACCACAGCACACGCGUCGCGAACGCGAUCCGGGGCGCUUUCAGAGAUUCUCUGCGCCAAACGUUGGGCCCGCCCUGGCGCUUUUCGCACGCCUUGCUUCGUUUUCUCUCUUUUGCUUCAUUCGUCGAGGUGUAGGUAGCGCGCUGCCGAGCUUGAAGGGGUGGCGGGUGACCUGCCACCCACCUGGUCUGCCGUCGUGGAUCGAUGGAUGGGUGCAGCGAAAUCCGUCCAGGCAAACCCCGCGGACACACCAUUCACUCAGCGACUGCGCUUGCUUCUUAGCUCUUUUCGCAGGCUUGUGGGCUCUUUCGGGUGUAUAAAUUUUAGCAAACCGUGCAAUAAUUGGCUACCCAAGGGCUCCCAAGCAUGAGAAUGGCCGACCAAGUUCUGCUUUGAUUCCCCUAGUUAGCUUCAUCCUCUUACUUCCCACCAAAAUCCAAGGUUUUGGGUCUACAGCUUCUUAUUCGGUAUCACGGCUUUAGCAUUGGUUUCCACGCUGCUAGGGAUUCUGAUGUUUCAUCUGCUACUAGCCGAUCUCGAUCAAGAAACGAGAAGUAAAGUGAAAAAGCAGAGGGAUACGAUGCGGGAGUUGAAGGCGAUGGCGAUGGCUGGGACACAGGCUGGGGGGUCUUCCUCCUCAACAUCCGCAAGUUUUCGGAGUAAACAUCGAUAGCCUCAGGUCUAAGACUCUAGACUCGGAAGAGACAAACAAAUCUAACGACAAUCACAGACCCAAAUUUUCCUUCUCACACGAAUCAAGCAGUUCUUCUGAAAGGUAGUUUUUCAAUAUCCCAAGAAGAGGAAAGUAGAAGUUGGUUCUCCUUCUUUCUGCUCGCUUUGCUUGUGGCGGAUCGAUAAUCCGUUUGAGAUUACACCUUCAGGCUUUUACAAGAUGAAGUCGAC